CUUCCGGUAUGUUCGGGGAGUUCCGGGAAUUUCAAUAAAAUAGCAAAGGCAUCAUUAUUAAUUUUGUUAAUUGUACAUAUUUUGCCUUCAAACUGUUAUUUGAAAUGAUUGGUUCAUAAUAUUUAUAAUAUAUUGUAUAAAUUCAGCCAUUUUGUGGCUCUCGCGUAAUCGGCAAGUAUCGGUUAUUGCACAACCAACAUGGCGGCCGACAGCAAGGUUUUAGAAGUUUUGAAAGAAUUUUCCGUGAAAGCCACCAGCUCCAGUACAAAAGAAAGAGGGAGAGUUCUGACGGGGCUGCUGACAUGUGUCGCAAAAACAGAUUUACCAGAAAAAAGUGUGAAAGGAGUGUGCAGAAUAUUAGCAUUGACUUUACCCAUUUAUCAUGAUGGGACCUCCAGAAGAUUAGUUGAACAAGUCAUCAAAGAGUUAUUAAACCGUUAUGGGAAAUUAACUAUAAAGGCUGUGAUUUCCAUUUUAGAAGACACUGCUGCUGUACAGAGAAAUAUACAUCACACGCCUGCAACUGCCAGUUCUGCUCUAGUUGCUCUGAACUGGACGUGUAUCCUAGCAACAUACUGCCUGUCAGCUGGAAAUGCUGGUAAUGAUGAUGAUGAUGUGUGGCGCAAACUGGUGGAAGUGCAGGUUAAUCUGACAUAUGCUGCAUUAGGUAGCAACCGUAAAUCAAUAAAUCAGUCAGCGUAUCGUAAAUUAAAGAAGGUCUGGAAAGAGAAUCCCACGUCUAUGGACAAGUAUGGCUCAACCCUGGGUGAUAUUGAGCAGUCAUUCCAUCUUAUGCCAAUUAUUGGUCAGUUUAUCAAGUACUGUGGUGAAGGCAAAGUCCCAGAAACUAUAGAGAAGUAUAGGAAAUCUUUCCUGGAUAUAUACAUCAAAUCUGUUAUCAUGAGCAAGACUAAACCCACUUUACAUGCACUGGAGAGCAGUAAAUUUCUGCUGAAGUAUGUCAGUCAUGAUGAGUUUAAGACAAAGAUUGUACCAGCUGUCCAGAAAUCAAUGCUCAGAAGUCCAGAAAACGUUCUAAGAGCUGUGAGUGAAAUGUUAGGUGGACUGUCUAUUGAUCUUAGUCAAUAUUCUAAAGAUCUGGGCAAAUUACUUGCAGCACAUCUACACUCAAAGAAUGAAUUAGCCAGAGAUGAAGCAGUGGAUGCCUCUAAGAACUUAGCAAAACAGUGCAGUGACCCUGGGGCAUUGGAAGAACUUGUACAGCAUUAUUUUGCGGUACUGAAUGGUUCUGAAGGUAAAUUGACUGUGACUAUGCAGCGUAUGGGAGUAUUAUCCGGCAUUGGUAGUCUCACUUAUAAUACAGUCAGUGGACCAAGUGUGCAGAAUUUAGCUGCUACUGCUGCAGACAACUUUAUACCUUAUCUGCAACUAGAAGUCCAUGAAGGUACCUUGGUUCAUGCUUUGUCGGUUCUUGCAUUGUGGUGCUCUAAAUUCUCAACACAAGUACCAAUCAAGUUAGUGGAGUGGUUCAAAAAAGGAAUAACACUGAAGACUUCUACAUCUCCUGUAAGAAAUGGAUAUCUGCUGUGUAUGUUAGCAGCUUUUCAAGGUGAUACUUUACUACAAGGAAUGGAUGUGAUGCCUUUAUUAUUACAAACUGUUGAGAAAGCAAACUCACAAUCCAGUCAAAUCAACAUUGUCACUGAAGGACUGACGGCCGCUAGUUUGCUUGUCAAGUUAUCACUGGUAGACAUACAAGCUGAAUCCAAGCUUGGACAGUUUUGGAACACAAUACUGAAUGCAAAGAAGCAGUUGUUUGUGUCUGAUAAGUUUUUGACCUCAGUGUCAGCAGAUGUUUUACAGAACCUGUUAAUUAUAAUAGAAAGACUUUUGUUAGAUAACCACCAACGAUUGAAUGAUGAAAUAACAAGUCAUUAUUUACAUGCAUUAGUAGCUACACUAGUGCAUCCAGCAUGGACACUCCGGCAAAGUGCACAACAAUGCUGCAAGAAAGUUCUGCGAACACCUGGUGGUACUGAAGUGGCAUACAGUCUAUUAAAAGAAUACAGGAAACUGCUAUCUUCACAAAAGGUGCAGGAUUAUGAGAACCUUCUUACCAGUGAAGAAAGUAGUGCAGAACCCUCAAAGGUGAUACGUCCACAGAUACUUGUCAGUGGAUUGAGUAUGGUUGUCUUAGGACCAGAUUUUACUGAUAGUAAGGAAUGUCAUGCCUUGGCUAUGGAAAUACUUUUUGACACACAUCAUCCAUGUAUAGUAUAUGCUAACCCAAACCUUUGGACUGAUUUACUGGUAAAAUUGAAGGUGGAGCCACUCCAGUUUGUGGCUGAAAAAGCUGAGGAAAUAUUCACCAAAAUUACAUCAGGAAAUGAAAUUACAGAGCCUCAACUAAAUGCAUUGAAGACACUAGUUCGUAUUGCACCAAGUGAAAUGCUUCCACGCGUCAUUACUCAUUGUGUCAGUUUCCUUGGGACGGCGGAACUUUACAACAUCACCCAGGAUGAGUUUGCCAUUUUGCUGACACCAGAAGGAGAGUUGUAUAAUAAAUCAGUGCUUGCAAGUGCUGCGCAGUCUGAAAGUAUGAACUUUGGAUCAAUGCGACGAGAAAACAAAGCUUACUCAUACAAAGAACAACUCAUGGAAAUGGAACUUAGGAAGGAACUUGAAAAGAAAAAAGCUGCUAAGACAGGCAAAAAAGAACCACAGUUAUCUAAGAAACAACAAGAGAUCAUGCAAGCAGAGCUUGAGAAAGAGUCAACCAUUAGGAAAAAGAUGAAAAAAUUGGAUGUACAGUUGUCUAAUAUCACACAUAUGUUGAUGUGCAGUUCUGAUGGUAAUAUGAAAUCAAUGAGGCAACAUGUCCCCACUUUACUGAGGAGUCUACUCUCCUUAGUUUCGUCAUUAUUAGCAGCUCCUCAUGUGACUAAAGUUUUUUUGCAUCUUAGAAAAUGUGCAUUUGAUUCAAAUAUGACUGAUUUAGGCAAUGUGGUUGCAUACUCGACACUAAGACUUCACAGACCCCAGUGUGAUAUUGACAGUGAAUGGUGUCAAGAAGAUCUCAUUACCCAGGCUACUAGAGUAGUAAACAUGCUUUACAACACCACUGUACCUACAAAGAACACCCAAAGCUAUGGUGUCACAAAGAAAGCUGAAUCAUUGCCGCCUGCUAGUUUCUCAUACUGUUUUCCAUUUUUGAGAUGUGUUUUGAAAGAUGGUGGCAAGGAAGUCCAUGGUGAUGAUGUUGUCAUGGAAAUGGCUGUUGAAAUCAUCACUGUACAUGCACAGUUGAGGUCACAAUCAUCAGUUGAGCAAGAACAAGUAGAUGAGGAAGGACCUGACUUGUUGCCGAGGAGAGACAUGUUACGAUUGUUGACUCAAUUGAUAGCUACAAGUACACCAAAGUUACAACAGAUGUCAAGCAAAGCACUGCUGGAUGUUUGUAUGUGUGCAAGUGGUUUAAAUGGUUGUACUAUAGCUGAACAAGAAGAGAUAGAUGUGUUAUUAGAUGUGCUACAGUCACCAUGUAAUCUGGUUAGAGAGGCUGCAUUACAGGGUUUAUUGGCUUUGACUCUGAUUCUACCAACUACUGAUGUCAAUUAUGAAGAGGCUAUUAAAUUAACUCAAAGAGUAUGGGUGGCUAAACAUGACACUGAAGAAGACAAUGUCAAGUUGGCUGAUAGGUUAUGGGAUGAAUGUGAUAUGGAACUGGAUUCUGUGCUGUGUACAAAGUUAAUCAAAGAUAUAGUCCACCAUGAGAGUGUCAUUAGAGAAUCAUCAUCCUCUGCUCUGGCAAAUGCUGUGGAAAAGUAUCCAGACUGUGCAUCAGAUGUUUUGAAACAACUCUUUGAUGUCUACCAAAAAAAACAAGUGGUACCACCUCCAGUGAUUGACAGCCUUGGUAGAGUUGUGUCAGAAUCCCCACCAGACCAGUUCCAUGCACGCUGUGGUAUUGCGCUGUCUAUAAAGAAGAUGUCUCCACAUCUAUCGCAAGAUGAAAUUACUCCACUAUUUGACUUUUUUGUACCUGGUGCCUUGGGGGACAAAAAUGAAGAAGUGCGAAAAAAAAUGUUGGAUGCCUCUCUUGCUGCUAUCAAUGUACAUGGAAAGGAUAAUGUUGGUAGUCUACUCCCAGUGUUUGAGACAUUUAUGGACGAAGCACCAAACUCACAUAUCUAUGAUGCAGUAAGACAGUCUGUAGUCAUUCUAAUGGGUUCCUUGGCUAGACAUCUUGACAAAGACAACCCCAAAGUCAAGCCAAUUGUUGCCAAGCUGAUUGCAGCCUUAUCAACACCAUCUCAACAGGUUCAAGAAGCUGUAGCUAACUGUCUUCCGCCAUUGGUUCCUGCUAUCAAGGAAGAUGCACCUGGACUUGUGCAGAAACUUUUACAACUACUGCUUGAAUCAGAAAAUUAUGGUGAACGAAAAGGUGCAGCUUAUGGUUUAGCUGGUUUGGUGAAAGGACUUGGAAUACUGUCCUUAAAACAACUAGAAAUCAUGCCUAAAUUGUCAGUGGCGAUUCAAGAUAAGAAAAACUUCAGACAUAGGGAGGGUGCAUUGUUUGCAUUUGAAAUGUUAUGUAUCAUGCUUGGAAGAUUGUUUGAACCGUAUGUUGUACAUGUUUUACCAAAUCUACUUCUCUGUUUUGGUGAUAAUAAUGCGUAUGUCAGAGAGGCCACUGAUGAAACUUCCAAAGCUGUAAUGAGUAAGUUGAGUGCCCAUGGUGUGAAAUUAGUUUUACCAUCAUUACUUGCUGCAUUAGAGGAAGAAUCAUGGCGGACCAAAGCAGGUUCUGUUGAAUUACUUGGAGCCAUGGCGUUUUGUGCACCCAAACAACUGUCAUCUUGUCUUCCAACUAUUGUUCCCAAACUCACCACGGUAUUAACUGAUUCACAUGUUAAAGUACAAAAAGCUGGACAACAGGCACUCAAACAGAUUGGAUCUGUCAUCAAAAAUCCUGAAAUUCAAGCUAUUGUUCCUGUCUUACUUGAUGCAAUCAGUGACCCUGCAAGGAAGACAGCGAAGUGUUUACAAAUACUUCUGGACACCAAGUUUGUACAUUUCAUUGAUGCCCCAUCACUAGCACUCAUCAUGCCUGUUGUACAAAGAGCAUUCCAGGAUAGAUCAACUGAAACAAAGAAAAUGGCAGCUCAGAUUAUUGGUAAUAUGUAUUCUCUGACGGAUCCUAAGGAUCUUGCACCAUACCUGCCAUCUGUUGUUCCUGGACUUAAGGCAUCAUUAUUGGACCCUGUACCUGAGGUUCGUAGUGUGUCUGCUCGUGCCCUUGGUGCUAUUAUUAAGGGUAUGGGUGAUAGUGGAUACGAUGAACUGUUACCUUGGCUGAUGGAAAAACUGAGAUCAGAAAGCAGUUCUGUUGAUAGAUCAGGAGCGGCACAAGGUUUGAGUGAAGUUGUCUCUGGUCUUGGAAUUGAAAAAUUACAGAAACUGAUGCCUGAAAUCAUAGAAACCGCCAGCAGAGAUGAUAUAGCAUCUCAUAUUCGUGAUGGUUAUAUUAUGAUGUUUAUCUAUCUACCGCUUGCAUUUGGUGAUCGCUUUCUUCCUUAUGUUAGUAGUAUCAUUCCUCCUAUACUGAAGUCUCUUGCAGACGAGAAUGAAUACCUACGAGAUACGGCGCUGUUAGCGGGACAGCGCAUGAUUAGUAUGUACGCACAGACUGCUAUUACGCUAUUUCUACCACAAUUAGAAAAAGGAUUAUUUGAUGAGAACUGGCGUAUUCGAUAUAGCUCAGUUCAGUUACUUGGUGAUUUGUUGUUUCAUUUGACGGGUGUGACUGGAAAGAUGACGACGGAGGGAGCUGAGGACGAUAACUUUGGUACCGAACGAUCAACUCAAGCAAUUAUGGAAAUUCUUGGAUCAGACCGGCGUAACAGAGUGCUGGCUGGACUUUACAUGGGUAGAUCAGAUACAGCCUUAUUGGUAAGACAAGCAGCCUUGCAUGUAUGGAAAGUGGUUGUCGUGAAUACUCCGAAAACACUUCGUUCUAUUCUCCCUACGCUGUUCAAUCUACUCCUGGGUUGUCUUGCUAGUACUAGCUACGACAAAAGACAGGUUGCUGCACGGACACUUGGAGAUUUGGUACGAAAACUUGGAGAUCGCGUUUUACCAGACCUCAUUCCUAUACUGGAGAAGGGUUUAGACUCUCCCCAGCCAGAUCAAAGACAAGGUGUGUGCGUAGGACUCAGUGAAAUUAUGAGUUCUACCAGUAAAGAACAGGUGGUGCUUUAUGUGGACAGUUUAGUACCCACAGUUAGAAAGGCAUUGAUUGACCCGCUUCCUGACGUCAGGCAAGCUGCUGCCAAAACAUUUGAUAAUCUGCACAACACAAUAGGAUACCAAGCAUUAGACGAUAUCCUUCCACCAUUGUUAGACAGUCUUGAUGAUCCAACAGUUGGACCCUAUGCACUUGAUGGUUUACGUGAAGUCAUGGCUGUCAAAAGUAUAGUUGUAUUACCAUAUCUUGUACCAAAGCUGACAGCUUCUCCAGUGAAUAUACGAGCACUUGCUGUGUUAUCUGAAGUUGCUGGAGCGGCGUUAACCAAACAUCUAUCUAGAAUCUUGCCUGCAUUACUUGGUGCUCUUAAUGAAAGUGCUGGUUCAGAUAAAGAAAGUGAGAAUCUUAUUCACUGCCAGACUUUAGUUCUUUCUGUAACGGAUGAACUAGGUGUACGGACUAUUGUGGAUGAAUUGUUGGUUGCUACCAAGCAUGAUUCAGUGGGCACCAGGAAAGCUGCAGUCACCAUACUCAAUGCUUACUGUACUCAAAGCAAAGCUGAUCUUACCUUGUUUGUACCAUCUCUUUUCACUGGUCUUAUUCGACUCUUUAAUGAUGAGGAUCAACAGGUUUUAGAAUUCAGCUGGAGUGCCCUCAAUGCUGUUGUCAAGAGACUAAAUGCUGCAGAACAACUGCAGCACAUUUCCUCAGUACGCCAAGCAGUCAAGUUUGCAGCGGAUGAUGUCAAGGAGGAUACAUUACCCGGAUUUUGUCUUCCUAAAAAAGGUAUCACACCAGUGCUGCCACUAUUCAGAGAAGGUAUUUUAAAUGGAUCUCCUGAACUACGAGAACAAGCUGCGAUUGGUUUAGGAGAAGUCAUCAAGCUGACCAGUGCAGAAGCAUUGAAACCUUCAGUUGUGCAUAUUACAGGACCCUUAAUUCGUAUUCUUGGUGAUCGAUUCAGUUGGAAUGUUAAAGUUGCUGUCUUGGACACAUUAGGCUUGCUACUUGCAAAGGUAGGAGUGAUGUUAAAACCAUUUUUACCUCAACUCCAAACUACAUUCUUGAAAGCUUUGAAUGAUCCAAACAGGGCUGUUCGUCUGAAAUCCGCUGCAGCAUUAGAGAAACUUAUAGUUAUUCAUACAAGAGUCGAUCCAUUAUUUACAGAGCUACAUUCGGGAGUUAAAAACGCCGAUGACAGCAGUGUCAGAGAGACUACAUUACAUGCAUUGAGAGGAGUGAUUCGUGGAGCUGGUCACAAAAUGGGAGAUGCUAUUAGGAAGACAGUCACCACAACUCUUAUAGGAAUGCUGGGACAAAAUGAGGACGUCAGUCGUAUGUGUGCAGCAGGAUGUGUUGGAUCGUUGUGUGCAUGUUUACCUGAAGCUGAAUUGCUAUCAUUACUUGACGAUCAUUUACUAAUUUCUGAUCCCAGCGCUGAUUGGACAGUGAAACAUGGUACUAGUGUAGCCAUAGGUGUUGCUUUGAAGGAAGCACCAGAACAAGUCUUGGCUAAGAGAGAAGAAAAACUAUUGGAUAUAGCCAUGGCUAAUGCCACCACAGACAGGAUACCGAUCUGUGUCAGUGGUAUUCGAUGUAUCGGUUUUCUUGCACGUCAUUACUUAAAUUGUGAUAGUCUUGUACCACAAAAUAUCAUAUCAACACUUGUCAAGAGUUUGAACAGCGCAUCCAAUGAUCUGAAGAUUACGACGGCACAAAUGAUCUACUACAUCUCAAAUCAGAAUAAACAACCACUAAAUAUAGCAAUAAUUAAACCACUUGUUACUGUGCUGGUCAGUAAUACCAAAGAACGGAAUACCAUGGUACAAGCUACGAGUGAACAAGCUAUAGUCAGUCUAUUACAGUUGAGGAGGAAUGAUGAUUUACUACAGGAAGUCAUGAAAGCCCUGGAUUCAGUGCCUGCAGAUAACUUACAAGACUGCAUGAAGAAAUUACGCAAAGUUGCAAACCAACCACACCUAUCUGAUGAGGAGAUAGACGAUACAUUGUUGCAUUGAGUUUUGUUUUAUCCUGUUCCGAGGAAUAAUUGGUUGAAAAACCAACACUUUUUUAAUCACUAUUUAUUUUUCUUGCUCAGAUUCUUCAAAAAAAUUGCUGUAACUAGGAACCUUGUGUGCCAGUAUUUGCAGUUGAAAUUGACAAUCAUGACAUCAUGAUUUGCUGAUGGUUGCCCCAUCCAUUGCCAUGACCAGUUUUUGUCCUGGUUAUGUACAAAAUUAAUCAAGGAUUGAAAUAUGAUCUUUGUAUAAAUGUUUAAAGCAUAUUAUAUUGAGAUGUUGUUUAAACAUGACGGUGUAAUGCGAAAGGCGAUUUACCGUGUGAUAUUCAUUGAUAUUCACAUCAUAUAUUCAACUUAACCAGUGCUCAUCCUGCCUAUCAGAAAUGAAUUACAGUUUGCACAAUACAAUCAGGGACUCAACACAACAUGUCGGUGAAUGCACUCAGACAUUAGAUUUGAAAAAACAAACAAGUUUCAAACUCAAACAAUGAUUACCUAAGUUUUUAGCUAUUGUUUCUUUGUUUAUUUUUCCAGUAUUUGAUAUACAAUUGUGAAAGAAUUUCUGACUGGAUCCCAUUGACAUAUACCCUAACAUAAAUACGACUAACUAAUAAUUUACAGGAACCAAUGAAAAGAUUAAUUUUGUGACUUUUCACCCAAAUUCAUUUUUAAUUCUAAUGACUAUUAAUGAAUAUUUAACAACUUGAAAGUAGGGCCAGUUAGACCUAUGCUACAGAAGAUACUUGUGUUAAAGCAAACUGUGUAAAAGAUGCCAGAAGAAAAAUAAUUUAAUUUGAUUUUAAAACUCCACUGAAUCUCAAAUACUGAUUAUAAUUGUAUCGCCCGAUAUUAUCAAUGACUUACAGUAGCACCAUGAUAAUCAUUGCUUCUAUACUGUCCAGUCUAGAAUCAUUUACAAUAAGCCAGGUUUUCAUCCAAAAGCUGAUAUGGUAUCUGACAAUUGAGUUUCAUAUUGAGUGACAUGUUUUUGAGAAGUGCCAUGAAACAAAAUUGGUGCCAGGCACAACAUACCGAAUAUAUUACCUGUUAUACAUUUUAUAAUAAGAAACAUUUCUUUUAAACUGUGUGCAUGGCAUAUCCCACCACUCUCACACUUUCAUUCUUGAAAUAAAUGGAAAAUGUCUGAAUAAACA